AUGAGAGAUGCCACAAUUAAGAGAGCCACAAAUGAGACACCCACCAAUGAGAGAGUCACCAAUGAGAGAGAUACAACCAAGAAGCCUACCAAGAAAGCCAAAAAGUCCAAAAGAAAAGUUGCACAUGAUGAGGAGAGUGAUAGCAGCUAUGACACUGAUUUGGCUGCAUCAUCUGACUCUGACUCUGAUUGCAAUGACCCUGAGUAUGAUCCUGAUUGUGAAAUAGUUGAUGAGGACGAUGUUCCUGUCUUUUCAUAUGAUGUUGAUGAUCCAUGUAUUGAUAAUGAUGUGAUAUUCUCAGAUGUUGACCAGUGCAACAAGAAGUACAUUGGAUGCAAGGUGAAGACGAGUGGAUCAAAGCACACUUGUGGUUCAUUCAACAAAUGUGGUGACACGAUGGCCUCAAAUAAAUGGGUAGCUAAUAGAGUGGUGGACUUGUUGCGGGACAAACCCACAAUGGGACCUAAGGAGUUGCAGGAUGAGCUGAAGAAGAAGUACAAGAUGGAUGUUCCAUAUGACAGGGUAUACAGAGGCAAAGAGAGAGCACUUGACAUGAUAAAUGGGAAGUGGGAUGACAGUUAUGAUUUGCUACCUACUUAUCGCGCUGAGCUUCUCAAAUCAGUACCUGACAGUAUCAUUGAGUUAGACACAGAAGAGCACAAUGGGGAUGUGUGUUUCAGGAGGUUAUUUGUUGCUCUUAAACCAUGUAUUGAUGGUUUUUUGCAAGGAUGCAGGCCCUAUAUUGCCAUGGACUCCACUCACUUGACAGGAAGGUCAAGAGGUCAGUUGGCAUCAGCUGUUGCAGUGGAUGGUCAUAACUGGUUAUUUCCAGUUGCAUAUGGAGUGAUUGAGACAGAGUCUAAGGAAAGUUUGGUAAUCAGUACAGAUGCAGGCAAAGGAAUAGAAGGGGCUGUAGAUGAUGUGUACCCAGGAGUGGAACAUAGAGAGUGUAUGAGGCACUUGUGGAAGAACAUGAAGAAAAAGUACUAUGGUCCCUUGUUUGCUCAGAAUAUGUGGGCAGCCGCCAAGAGCUUCACAAUUGAGAAGUUCAAUUACCACAUGGGGAAGAUAGAGGAGAAGAGUCCUGAUGCACUUUCCUGGUUGGAUAACAAUCAUCCAUAUGUGUGGAGUAGAAGCAAAUUCUCUGAUGACUGCAAGGUAGAUUACAUCAAUAAUAACCUCUCUGAAUGUUUCAAUAGCUGGGUGUCAAAAACCAAGGACAUGCAGAUUGUGGAUAUGCAUGACAAGAUAAGACAGAUGAUCAUAACCAAGUUUCAUUUGAGAGGAAAGAUUGGUAGUAACAUGGAGGGCAGAAUAAUCCCAGCUAUUACUAAGUCUUUGAAUGCUAAAAGCAAGGCUAUUAAGGACCAUGAGGUCUUGACAUGUGGAGCUGGAACAGCUGAAGUAACUGUGUCCACCAUCAGGCAUGUAAUCAACUUGGAGCAGAAGACAUGUAGUUGUAGGGUUUGGCAAGUGACUGGAAAGCCCUGUAGCCAUGCUUUAGCUUUCAUUGCAAAGCUUAGUAGGGAGGUACAUAUGGAUGACUUUGUCCAUGAAUACUUCUCUGUUGAGAGGUUCAGAAAGGCAUAUGCAGGUGUUUUUAAUCCAAUGACAUCGAAGCAUCAAUGGCCACGUGUUGACAUAGGUUGCAAAAUCAAGAAGCCUAAAUUGCGAAGGAAACCUGGGAGACCAAGAGUAUCCAGGAUCAAGGCAUCUGAUGAGGCACACACUAGGAAGAGAAGAGAAUGCACCGAAUGUCAUGAACUAGGACAUACAGCCAAGCAUUGCCAAGGAGGUCUCACAGCUAGUCAAAAGAGGAGGUUUUCAUCUUCAGAAAAUACAUCAGGAGAGGGGAGCAAUGAUCCAAGUGUUACACACACAUCAAAGUAA